AUGGCAGCUAAAAAACAGCGUAACACAACAGGGCAAGCCCCAGCAGUCGACACCCCGGCAGCAAAAACCUCCCUGAGAAGGUACUUCGCCGAACAGGCUGACCCGCACAGACGGGACAAAAUGGCGCCCGCAGCACAAACACGCGGGAGCCAGCCAUCAAGCCCGACGGCAUCAGAGGGUUCCACUGAGGAUCAAGAAAUCCGGACCCUGCUAACACAGCUGCCCUCAAAAGCAGACCUGGCAGCGAUGUUCCAGAAACUGGAGGACAGCUUCAGUGGCAGCGGACGUGCAGCAGCUUGGAGCCAGA